AUGGCCAGCCACUUCCACAACAUCAACGGAGGAGGGUUUCUUCUCGGCGCGUCGGAGCCGCCCAUGCCCAUGGGGACGGGAUCGGGGCGCGGGCGUCGGGAUAUGGAGGUUGACAUGUCGGCGGUGGAGGAGCGAGGCCAGGACGGGCUACGUGCGGAGCUGCUCCGCCUCCACAUCUCGCGCUCGGUGGUGGUGCUCACCAAGCAGCUGACCCCAUCGGACCGCAGCCGCGACAAGGCGCGCCUCGUGCUCCCAGACCGCCUGGUGGCGCUGUCGCGGCUGCCGCGCAUGCCGACGGCGGUGGAGCGAGGCCUCGUGCUGGGUGCCGGGCUGCUUGUGUCGGCGCUCGACCGCCUCGACCCCGCGUACCGCAUGUCGCUGUGGCGCGAUCCCAGGGCCCACAUGUAUCGCCUCGCGAGGCAGUGGUCGCUCUUCGUGUCGUGCCACGGCGCGCACGCCGGCGACGUCGUGGAGGUGCACGCCUUCCGCUCGCCCGCCUGGUAG